AUGACUUUCCCGCCGAAUCGAAUGUCCACUGCGCACCUGCGACGAGCCGGAGUUCCUGAUCACAGUCGCGGACUCUCGAUCAUGGAAAUCAGUGCAACGGACGACAAACCCACUCCUCUUCCCGCAUAUUCCGCUCCUGCUCCCCCGAUGCAUCACCGCAUACCACCUCCCGAGGGACCCCACGGUCCGCCGAGUGACUCGGGCAUAUAUGAGCCCCCUCCGUUCCGCCCUUUCGCGACCUCGUUCGAGGGUCGCUCCGCCGAUCAACGACGAGCCUCCAACGCCCCCCAGCCUCCAUUGCCGCCUCACGGGUACCCCGUCAUCCCCAAUCGCGAGCUACCACAGCUUCCCCCGGAGGGCCCAUACGCUCGACAAGGAAGCCUGCCAGGCGCAUUCCAUUCCAUCUCCGACGCGCAUCCCCCGCAUUCAACCUACCGCCCCCCCAUGAACGGAACGCCGCACGAGGCGGCUUCUCAUUCCGCGCCCCCUGACUAUCGAUCUCGCAUGUCUUUUCCACCACAAGAAAGCCAAACCAACGGUGACCCUACUCCGCCGCCGGCGCACUCGCUCCCCCCGGCCCAGUUUUCGACCCCCGUGCCGCCGCACCUAUCGCAUACCCCCGCGCCGUACGAUGCUGGGUACUACCAGAACCAAGCUUAUGGGAUUCGUCAGCGCAAGGCUGCUAGAGCUCAACAGGCAUGCGAUCAAUGUCGAGCGAGAAAGGCAAAAUGCGACGAGGGGCGACCCGCGUGCAGCCAUUGCAAAGAGAACAACAUGAUCUGCGUCUACAAAGAAGUCCCCCCGCACAAGCAAGAAAAGAGCACGCAGAUGCUAAUAGACCGACUUGCACAUCUGGAGGACAUUAUCUAUGAGAAGACGGAUAUCAUUCAGAAGGUUCAAGUAGAGCACGGGAACCAAUUGACACAGAUCAUCAAAAACUUUCCGCGAGAACCCAAAGUGAAGAUGGGCAAGGAGUCCCAGAAGCCGACGGUUCAACAUUUACUGAAGCAGGACAGUUCGGUGAACCUGCAGGAGCCGGAGGCCAAGGAGGAAACCGUCCCUGUGAUUGCGGGGCAGGACUUGACCUCGAGUGAGACCACAGAAGCGGGCACUGUAACUGUAACCACCCAGGAAACGCUGGAGCCCGGGGAGGAUGGCGAACUUUCGAUCCCGGUUGAACAUACGACUGCGGCGCACAAGUUACUGAUGUGGCCGUCAAUCAAGGAGCUUCUUUCUCCGAGAGAGUACGACGACGAUUACGUGAUGAGGCUGGAGGAAAAGCGCGGAUUGAUCCGUGUUUACGGCCGCGGAGAAGGCGACGAUACGAGUGACGACGUGGGCCCGCCGCCAUUAAAGCCAGAUUACAGUCCUGAGGAGAACCACACGCAGACUGCUCCAACUGGACCCUGGGGCAUUGGUGCCACGCCGCCUCCCACGCGCCUUCCAGACAACGGUCUCGACGAAAGUGGUUUCUUGACUACCGACCCGGAAACGCUCCGGCGGUAUCAUCGUAGCUAUAUGGACCACAUCCACCGGCUCCAUCCGUUUCUUGACCAAACCGACCUGGACAAAAAGAUUGGGCAAUUUAUUAGAGCCUACUGCCCGCGGUCUGUAUCGGAUUCACCGUCUACUCUGAACAGCAACGGGGGGGAUGUGCCAAGGGGUGCAAAACGCAAGCGUUCCUGUGAGAACUUACAGGGGGCAGCAUGCGAUAUUCAAUCCCCGACGGGCAGCAAGACUGGGCGCAUCAACGGCCGCCGCAUUGAGAGAUCUGUCGGCAACGCCAUCAUCCUGCUGGUUUUUGCGAUCGGGAGUAUCUGCGAGGUCCCACUCGUUCCCGGACCCGUUAUGGAUGAUGCGGUGGACUUCCGAAAGGAACUCAUUCCCGGUCCCACUGCGAGAAGCGUUCAAUCGCCUGCGGGCUCCGACUCUAUUCUGCAGACACAGGGUAACGUCUACGCGCCCAAGGGCCGCGCGUUUCCAUCUCCGUCGGUGAUAGACGGUCGGAAAUCGAUGUCAGGGCGACCAGGCUACCCGGACAACCGUCACCUGAGGAAUCUGGAUGUGAUUCCAGGCUUGGCUUAUUAUGCUUACGCCACCCAAAUUAUCGGUAGUCUUCAAGGUGCUAAUGGACUGCUUCAUGUCCAAGCAGCCUUGCUAGCCGGGCUCUAUGCCGGUCAAUUGGCGCAUCCGUUUCAAAGUCACGGGUGGAUCUACCAAGCGGCUCGAGCCUGCCAAGUUCUUGUGCGGACGAAACGAUACGAGCAGAUGGACGAUGGUCCACUGAAAGAUCUCUAUGAUUUUGCGUAUUGGACUUGUCUGCAACUGGAAAGUGAUAUCUUAGCGGAACUCGAUCUUCCAGCAAGCGGCAUAUCGCGUUCAGAGGCCCGUAUCUCUUUGCCAAAGGGCCGUUUCACUUUGGCUCUCCCCAACGAGAUUUCUGCCCCAAGCACCAUGAUGAUGUUCUUCUACUCCGCCCAGAUUCAUCUCAGGAAGGUCCUCAAUCGCGUUCAUACCGAUCUGUACAAGGUUGAAAAACAAGGUCAGAACCGUUGGUCUUCCAACGUGCAAGAGAUUUUGAGCAUGAAUCUUGAACUCUGGCGGACCAGCCUUCCUGAUAUUAUGAAAUGGAAGGACAACGACCCACCACCAAAGGAGAUCAAUGUCGCUCGUAUGCGAGCGAAGUACUAUGGCGCCCGAUAUAUCAUUCACCGGCCUCUUCUGUACCACGCUCUGCAUUAUGCCGCGAAUCCCGAUGCGCCGCCGCCGCCGGUGGACUCACCUACCGCCUCUGCUUUAUCGGGAUCUAAAUCCCAGCAGGUUUCGCCCUCGAUGACGCACAGUCAGCGGGCCUCGAAUAUGGUCCGCCUGUCUAGCGACCUAGGCACUAUGGGUCGUAAUUCGCUUUCUUCCGGCCAGGGAAGGACAAUGACCUACCGUGAUCUACCCACCAAGUUGCGGAGAGCUUGCAAAGUGUGUGUUGACUCCGCCAUUCUGAGUACGGAAGCCUUUGAUGGAAUCGAGGGCCGUCCGGUUGUGACAAAUAUUUUUGGAACCGCCCAUGCACAAUUUGGCAAUAUGCUGGUUCUCUCAGCUACAUACAUGUCGAACCUCUCCGAGCUUGUUGAUCGGAAUGACCUGGAGCGACUGCUCAAACGAACGAUCGGGUUUCUUCUGCAGAGUCGCUACAUCUCACCCAGUCUACGCGCCGAUGCGCGAAUACUGACCGAAAUCUACGAAAAGAUCUUUGGCGAACCGGCAGGAAGCUUCUCCAGCAUCGAUUAG